AUGGCACUCGAAUUACCCACGCGACAGACGUUUACAGCCCGCAGCGGCAAUGUAUACUCAUACGUCUUCACCCCUCCAACCUCCGAAUCCACAACCCUUCUCUUUCUCCACGGCUUCCCAUCAACCCUCACAGACUGGAUUCAUCAAAUUCAGCACUUCUCGUCUCAAGGAUACGGCAUCGUGGCCCCUGAUCUUCUUGGCUACGGUGAGAGUAGCAAGCCAACAGAUGUAAACGCGUACCGUCUCAAGCCGAUGAGCGAUGAGGUCAUCCAACUUCUCGACCAUUUGGACCUGAAGACCCUCGUGGGAAUCGGCCAUGAUUUCGGCGCGACGCUUUUAUCGAGAAUGGCUGCUUAUUACCCUUCGCGCUGGGAAGCUCUCGUGUUUCUAGCCGUUGGACCGCCGAAGCUGGGGACGCCGUUCGACGUUGACAUGAUCAAUACCAUGACCAAGCAGUUUCUGGGGUAUGAGAUGCUCGGAUACAUCCCAUGGCUAGCCGAUUACAGAUCGCAGGAAAUACUCGAGAAGAACGCUGAAGCGACGAUGAGUCUGAUAUUUUGUCGCAAUCGGGAAGAAUGGGAGACGUGGUUUCAUCCUCUUGGAAAGAUGGGGGAGUUUGUGUGCGAAGACCGCAGACUUCCCAUCGCGUCGUGGUAUACCGAAGAUUUGCAGAAAGCGCAUCUCAAGGCAUUCGGUUCGGCUGAUGGGUAUAAAGGCGUGUGUCGCUGGUAUCGAAUGUGGAGAGAUAAUCUCUUCGCCCCUGAUGAACAAGGCUACGAAGACUUUCGCAUCUCGCAACCCGUUCUCUUCAUCGUCCCAUCAGAGCCCGAGCAAUCCGCCUCUCAACAGCAGCAAAUGGUUUCAUCCUGGGCACCUCAUCUUCAAACCGUCAAGCUGAACACCAGCCACUGGAUCCAUAUCCAAGCUCCCACCGAAACCAACACCACAAUCCAAAACUUCCUCGCCUCACGCAGGGAGACUUAG